AUGGCCAUAGCCAUAGACACAGUCACGGGGAUCAGCACGGGCACUGACACGAACAGAAACACAGACACAACCACAAACACUGACAAAGACUUCUAUUGUCCACCGUUUCAUUAUGGCACUCUUCAGUGUAAUACUCCGUGCCUAUGCAAGGUGGAAAACUCAGUAUCAUGCGACAGUGUUACAGGCGCAUGUGUCUGCAGAUCUGGAUGGACAGGCGCUAAGUGUGAUGUCGACAUUGAUGAAUGUCUUACAGGUACCCACUCCUGUGUAGAGACGGAAAAGUGCACCAAUAUACCAGGGAGUUUCACAUGUAGUCCAGAUUGUGAUACCACCUUAUCUCCCAUCCUGGUUAAUCAACAGCAGGUUAAGAUAGAUAGCGGAGUGAUCAAGACACAUAAAUAUAACACAUACCCUCUCUAUCGAGCUCAGUGUAACUGGUUCAUUACUGGAGAUCAGGGAGAUGUGAUAACUUUUCAUGUGGAAGACGGAAACUUUCAAUUGGUAGAAAGAGCCUAUUGCUACGAAGACACCCUGAACAUUUUUGACGGGGGAUUAGGUACUGACCAACAGAUCGGACAGUACUGUGGCACUAAGAUUCCUCGCUUGAUCAGAACAGAAACAAAUGCAAUGAUUCUGCAGCUUCGAACAGCCUAUGGGUAUCACACAGGCUUUACAGGAAAUUAUUAUAUACAUCCUUGUCGACCAUUCACUUGGGGAAAAAAAUGUGAAUACGACUGUGGCUGCAAGCAGGUAAAUACAGAAUUUUGCGACAGCACCAAGGGUAUCUGCGUAUGCAAACCCGGGUAUACCGGUACUUACUGUGAUAAUGACGUAGACGAAUGCUUAUCUGUGAAGUGCAAGGACAAUGCUGUAUGCACAAAUACACUGGGUAGCUACAGUUGCGCAUGUCGGGAGGGUUACAAGGAGAAUUCAUUAGGAAUCUGUGAAAUUAUCAUUACGACGUGCACAUCUGCCAUAACGUGCAUUCCUAAUAAAAAGGAAUGCUUCACCUUAAAUGGCAGAGAAAGCUGCUUAUGUCCUGAGGGAACAAUUGAUGUAGCAAGAACAGGCAAUAUCCAUUACUGUAGCAUCCCUUUGUAUCCUUAUGGUAAUACAGCAAGUGAUUCCAAAAAAUCAAGGGGUACUUUUGGUACUGUAACUUACAAUGAAGCUGUUCCUUUUGGGACGACUUCUGUAAACAAUGCAUAUAUUCAUCUCGAAGGAGUGAUAAGUUUAGAUAACUCUGACAAAAAUGCUGAUGGGGUUUUCUUAAUAAAACCUUUUAAAACUAGCAUAUCUGAGGAAGGCUGUGAUAUAUAUUAUCACCUGUAUGAGAAAUGCGAGCCUUCUGUAUUUUCUGAAGCAUCUAGUAUCUCUUCACCUGAAAAGCAGACAGUAAUGAACAGAGCCAAAAAGGAUAUUAUCAGAGAAGCAAAGCUCACAGACUUUGAUGUCAAAACUGUUUUAGUGGUAACAUGGGAAAACGUUAAAUAUGCUAGGAACGCAGCAAAAAGAAACACGUUUCAAGCAAUUUUUGUAAGCGGAUUUGCAAAAGAAUCCAGCGGUGAUUUUUCUGCAAUAGAAACCUCUUAUGUGUUAUACAUCUACCCCAAUAGCAUGGUAAGCUGGUGCUAUAACACUGUUGAGGUAGGCUACUUCGCAGGUUCAGGAUUCGAAAAAGUCAUCAUCCUUGACCCUGCUUGGUUUAACUCAGGUGAAGGUGCUAAACAAAUUAAAUUCUUUAAAGUAAGUGGAUUACCACCACCAAUACCACCACCAACUCCAAGUCAACAAUGUGAAAGAUUCGUGUGUAAAAAUAGCGGUCUGAUAACAAACGAGAAAUACCAGCAAGAGAUAGAAGAGCUGUACAAAUGUCCGUGUUCUCUCGACCGCCUCGGGUUACAGUGGGUCAUCUUUCAGGAACGUACACCAGAUAACAUUUACUGUUUCUCCAUAAGUUUAGUAGCGAAAAGGAGGCUUCUCUCAACCAACCCUCUUAAUAAGCUGUGUUGCUAUAAAUGGAAUAGACCAUCGAACAGCAUCGACUGGGAAUCGUAUGCCAUUAGACUGUCGGAGUCAACCCUGAUUAACAACUCGCCUGACUCUGGCCAUGUAGUUCCUGGCGAACCGGGGUGGUUUGAAGGGGUCACUGAAAGCAUGGCCGCCCAUCAGUUGUGUUGUAAUGGUGCUAAUAGUGAUAAGCUGUGCAAAAGAUUCUACAAAAUUUACCCCGAUAUGGAAUGUACCUAUGACGUUGAGUUUGUUCCAGCUUAUUUACUGGGUGAUCCCACUGUCGUGACAUUAGAUAACGUCACGUACCUAAUGAACGGAUGGGGAGAAUACACUCUAAUGUAUGUACAGAGUGAACAAUUUUCACUACAGGCAAGAACAGACAGGCUUCAGACUAGCAGCGGAUUAUCGAAUGGAACGGUGUUCACGGCUUUCGCUGCCAAGGAUGGAUUUGGCACUCAUGUACAAGUGGAGCUUUCCGAUUCAAAGACAUCAAUGCAGAUUCUCGUCAAAGGAUCAAAUGUGACAGACAGUUUCUAUCGUGAAGUGCGCUACAAGUACUCAUUUGACGAAGUUGAAGUGAUUCGUGAUAAUAGUGGCAACAAGACGAAAGUUCGUGUUUCAUUCCCUUGCGGAGUUUCAUUUACUGUAAAUGUUGGAAUAAAAAAUCUGGAACUAGAGAUGCAAGUGGUGAAAACGUUAAAGAACAAAACUAAAGGACUGCUUGGAAACUUCAAUGGAAAAACAAACGAUGAAUUUACCUUACCUAAUGGGACAAUCCUGCCACCUAAUUUAACAGAAAGUCAGAUUUUCUACAACUUUGCAAGCGAAUACCAAGUUACACCGAACAACUCAGUAUUUGUCUACAAGAGCGGAAAAACAGCUUCUGACUAUCAACAUCCUACAUUUGUACCCGUGUUCUUGGAUUCCGUCAAUGCCACGCUCCUACAGGCUGCUACAAGACUUUGUGGUGAAGGAAACACUGCCUGCAUCUAUGACUUUUUCAUAACAAACGAUGCGGCUUUUGCAUUGAAUACAGGCAAAACAUUGAAACAGUCACUAGCUAAACGUUUAUUAUUAGCGAACUCUUGCCCAAAUAUGACAAUUGUGCAAAAUGUAAACUACUCAAAUAAAAGAUGGAUUGUACAAGAUGGAGUAAUCAAUACUCUACGAAUAAGCGGUACAGAUGCGGACAAUGAUUCCCUGACAUACAUGCUGUACGAGAAUGUAACAGGAGUGUCAAUUAACCAGAGUGGCUUUCUAUUCUAUACACCGUCCUUACUAAAACCGGUGAAAUUUGGAUUCCGACUAAAAGACUCGAAGAAUUGCUACACACCCGUGGUAAAUGUACAGACAGCCAUCUGCCCGCAGUGCAGAAAUAAUGGAAGCUGCAAUAGGAAGGAAGCGCGAAAUGUUGAGUACUUUGGUGGUCAAGUUCAAAUUCUAAAGUGUGAUUGCCCACCAGGGUAUACAGGCGAAUAUUGUGAGUCCGAAUUAGAUGCCUGCCUUGCGAAACCCUGUUACAAAGGCAGAACAUGUACAGAUUUGACGGCAGCUCAGCAAGGCAACAGUACAGUCGGCUACGUCUGUGGACCUUGUCCUAAAGGCUACGAGGAGUUAGAAGAAUAUUGUUUUGACAUCGACGAAUGCGAAGACAACACAACUUGCCAUCAAAAUUGUACAAACACUGAGGGGUCCUACAUUUGCAGCUGUAACAAUGGAUAUGUUCUCAAUCGAACAGACUCCAGAUCAUGCUUGGCGAAAAACUGCUCCAACAGAUGUGUAAUGCAGAACACUUGGUAUUGCGAUGAAGCUGUGGGCGUGUGUAUGUGCAAGGACGGUAUAACAACAGCCGACUGUCACAAGUCUAUGGACCACUGUGUCAGCAACCCUUGUCCGAGCGACCGGAAGUGCAAUAGCAAUGACCUGGGAUACGAGUGUGUUUGUCUGAAUGGUCUGCCUCCAGUCAAUGGCACUUGUUCAGAUUGCAAUCGAAUACUGACGGAGAAAUCUGGAAGUUUCAUGAGUUCUAACUACCCCAACAACUACCCGGAUGGAGAAACCUGCACAUGGACCAUAACAUCAAACGACAAUAACUCGAUAAUUUUGCUGAACUUCACUGAUUAUCAAGUAGAGGGGUGUCCAUACGACUUCUUAGAAAUUUACGAUGGUGCCAGUUACGAUUCAGACCUUAUCGCCCAGUUCUGCAUAGACGGCAUAACGGACGUCAUCAGUUCAUCUGGAAAUGCCCUGUUCAUUUCAUUCACAUCCGAUGAGUCUGUAAACAAAAGAGGAUUUUUUGCGUCUUACAUCGUUGAAUCCCUGUGUAGAGAAAAGAAAUGUUCCCAUGACUGUAAGCUGGUCUCUGCCAGUCCACGAGUCGAGCAGUGUUUGUGUCCAGAGUGGACAAGACUGGACAGCACCGAGACAAUUUGUAUCGAGAUCAAUGCGUGUAACACAACCAUAACUGACAACACUGGCCUAAUAGUGAGUCCUGGUUACCCCUCAAAGUAUCCGGUCAAUACAACCUGUCACUGGACCCUACCGUCGAAGCCCCUGAAGGUUCUUACAAUCAGCUUCUCUGAUAUGGACAUAGAGAAUGGGGUUGCCUGUCCAUACGAUUCACUCAAAGUCUAUAACGGAAGUUCCUCAAGCUAUCCUUUGGUUGGAAGCUACUGCGGCAGUAGUUUGCCAAAAUCUAUCAGCUCUUCCAGUGGUCUGUACCUGGACUUCACGUCUGACGGUUUAAUCAGUGGUCGAGGAUUUAAACUUCAGUACUCUUACGGUGUAAAUUAGGAGUAUAGUACGCAAAUCAUUUAUAUAAAGUACACGCCUACUAUUUUUAGUAUUUUUUAAUGAUAAAAGACAUAAAAGAAGUAACUACAA